UCGUAAUACUUCGUAUGCAAGAUUGAUUACUAGUUGUCGUUGUGCCAAGUCAUACAACUUUAUAGCGAGGUUUUAGAGUUAAAGAGGGGGGAAAAUAGGGGCGUGGGCGAAGAGAAGGUAGCAAUUGUGGAAUUCUGGAAUACUGGUCUCUCCCAACUGCAAUAGAGUUGGUGGUAAAAUGAAGAAUGGAGAAGCCAGGCUUUUGCUGGGAUUCCCUCCCAAUUCUCGUCCCACCCCUUCGCAGGUUAAAGCAGCCUAUAAAAGGAAGGUUUGGGAUUUUCACCCGGAUCGUUUUCCAGCUGACAAAAGAAGUUAUGCUGAAUCACGAUUCAAAAUGAUUUCUGAAGCCUACAGUUGCCUCUUGCCUGGUGGAGGAAUUUCCAGUUCAGCUACUUACACACGGGUCGUGCGGACUGGGGUACCAAGGGUGCAUGGAGGCGGAAGACAUCAUCUUUUAGUUGGCCUUCCCUUCCUUUUUGUUAUGCUUGGAACAGUUGGACUUGGAAGUCUAAAUAUUACCAGGGCUUACAGGAAGGAAAGAGAAGCAAAUCCAUCACAUAAUCCUUUUCUCCCCUAAUCCGAAAUUUGGCAAAGUCAAAUUCUUAAAAUAACACUCAGUUGAGGAAAUCGGCCUAAUGAUAGAUCAGUUCUUUUCUCAGGAACUGCUGCUUUUUCAACCAAAACUUUACGGCUGCCCAUGGGUGUCUGGGUGUUGGUUACAUUGAAAUCAGUCUUCAGACAUUGGCGUGUGGUAAAUUAUGCAAUACUUGAAGCGUUGAAGUAUUAAAUUUUACUGAUUCUUGAUCUUGGGGAAGCUCUAACCAUGCAAAAAGCCCGUUCCUUAUGUUUCAACCAUUGUUAAUUUCAUGAAAUAAAUAUGCAUGUGAUGUUUUAACCAAAAAGCACAGACUAUUCCAGGUUCUGUUCACUGUCAAAAAUUCUGAAAUGCUGAACCUUUUGAUUGACAAUCCUCGUGAAUAACAAGGGAGAGAAAGAAACUAGUUACAUAUACAAUAUCUCAAAUAGAGAAAAUACAGAGAAAUACUUUAUUUAUUUUACAUUGUAUAUUUUUUUUAUAUUUUGUCAAAUUUCCUGUAUAACAAAAUAUUUGCUGAGCAUUACCUUCAAUCUACAAAACAAUAAAAUGUAAUCCUAGUUUCUCUCUUUUUGUUUGAAGAACUC